AUGGAGGAAAGUCCAACGAAAGUACGCAAGAGAGUCCAGCACGAGGACACCACAGUGGGAAACAAUCUACAGAAUCGCACCUGGAGCCACGGCGAUGAAAGCGAGGACGAGAUCGCGAGCGAGAACGCGUUGCUGAACGAAGUCGACGAACCGAGGCAAAGUCAUUCUACUCCAAUGGAAUGCAAAACUUGCCCGAUCACGACAUUGGCGGAGGAGAAGAUGCGUCGCAAACUGCGGUUCUUCUUUAUGAAUCCAAUUGAGAAGUGGCAGGCGAAACGGCGUUUCCCAUACAAAUUUGUCGUUCAAGUCGUUAAGAUAAUCCUUGUGACUAUGCAGCUUUGUUUAUUUGCACAUAGCAAUUACAUGCACGUGAAUUAUACUUGGGACAAUCGAAUCACAUUCUCCCAUCUCUUUUUAAUGGGAUGGGAUUCUACUCAAGAGGUACCUGCAUAUCCACCCGCGACGGGACCGUUGGCCAUCUACAAACGAAGCAAUUUUUAUGAUGCCAUUGAUUACGCUCUGCAUGGCUUCUACAACGUCGACGAUGCCAUUGGUUCGUACUCAUAUAUCGCCGAGGACAAUUCUGUCGGGCCUGUAGUUCUAUGUCUUUACCAGUACAAGGAAGGCACUAUAUUUGGCUUCAACGAGAGUUAUGUGUUCGACAGCGAGAUUGUAAAAACUUGUGUAAACAUCAGUCUCGAAGUAUUCGAUACAUUUAAAUCGUCGCACAAUUUUCUGCGGGAUAGAAACAUAAAUAUUAAGUUCUCCGCGCUGGUACGCGCCCAUCUCAAGUUUGCUCUAAAGACGGUAAACCUAAAAGCGGCCGGACCGAUGACACCGCCCGAUUGUUAUCGUUUCAACAUCAAAAUCGACUUUGAUAAUCGCGAUUUCGAUGGACAGAUGCUGCUCUCGUUAGACGCCGAGGCCAGGAAAUUACAAUGCAAGGGUGACACCCGCUAUAUCACGGAUAAUCGCAUCGAAUCGGCGCUGAGGACUCUGUUAAAUUUGCUUGUCAUACUAAUCUGCGCGAUUUCCUUGCUGUUGUGCUCGCGAGCAAUAUAUAGGGCACAGAUGCUGAAGUUCGAGACGAUCAAUUUUUUCAAGAAGACGUAUGGUAUGGCGCUGAGCCUCGAAGGCCGACUAGAAUUUUUAAAUUUCUGGUACAUUAUGAUCAUCGUCAAUGAUUUAUUGAUCAUUAUUGGCACCAUCAUAAAGGAGCAAAUUGAACGGAAACAUUCCGAGAGCGAUCAUUGGAAUAUCUGCAGCAUAUUUCUCGGCACCGGCAAUUUGCUGGUGUGGUUUGGCGUGUUACGCUAUCUCGGCUUCUUCAAGACGUACAAUGUCGUUAUCUUGACUCUGAAAAAAGCGACGCCGAAGGUGGCAAGAUUCCUUAUAUGCGCCAUCCUCAUUUAUGCCGGUUUCACAUUUUGUGGCUGGCUGGUGCUCGGUCCGUAUAAUAUGAAAUUUCGUUCUCUUGCGACCACUUCUGAGUGCUUAUUCGCGUUGAUCAACGGUGAUGAUAUGUUUGCCACGUUUUCCAUCACGUCUUCCAAAUCGUCAGCAAUACUAUGGUGGUUUUCUAGAAUCUAUUUAUACUCGUUCAUUUCGUUGUACAUUUAUGUCGUCUUAAGUCUUUUCAUUUCUGUGAUAAUGGAUGCGUACGAUACGAUCAAGAUCUAUUAUCGCGAGGGUUUCCCAAGGAACGAUUUGCAGACGUUUAUAGCUCCGUGCACGGAAGAAGCGUCGAGCGGUAUCUUCAGGGAUGACUCCGAGAGUAGCGAUCUAACAGAGUUGCUCGAUCGAUUCUGUUGUUGUCGAAAAAGGCCCUUUUACGGAUCCUUUUCGGAAUCGGUCGCAGAUCCCUCGACCAAGUCCGAACAAAUGUACGGUGGAGGCAUCUGCAUCUAGUGCAUUAAUGGAAAGUACUUGGAGAUGUUAUGGUGCAACUAUAGAUACGCGGUACGACACUAGGACGGUUACAUCAACGUCCUUGGUUUAAUAAUCUCUUGAUUGACAAUUUAUUUUUUCUUUCUAAAGAAAGAAAAGUUAUAUGUAAUAUGAUUUCAUAGCUAUACACGAUUAUUCGUCUUUCUUUAACUCGCAUAAGAAAUUAUGUUUCUAGUGAAAAUUAUAAAUAUAUUUUUAAAAAAACUUUUUUAAGCAAAAAGAUGACCAAUUAUUUUAUAACUAAUUAAGUAUGCUAAAAAUAAAGUAAUUUCUAUAUUGCUAAUAUAAUUCCGAUUCUUAUGAUAAAAAAAAAACAGAUUACCAAAUAACAAUUUGAGAGAAAUCAGCUCUAAUUGAUUGGUACAAUCAAAUAUGUAGACAAAGUAUUUUUACUAACGUUGAUUUUGUAGCAAGUACUGCAUGCACUGCACGUAUUAUCGCGAUAUAUUUCUGUUAUUGCCAUCUAAGUUUAGUCCCAAUGUAACAUUUGAGAAAAAUCUUUAUUUUAUUACAUACAAAAUGUAUAGAUUUCUCUUUUAUUUUAAUUCUUAUAAUACAUAUAAAAUAAUUGAUUGCAACAGAAAACGCAACAUUUAAGCGAUUUUCUACUGAACGCCUCCUAGUAAUCCCUAAACUUCCAGCAUAUUAGUUAAAUAGAUACCAAUUUUUUCAAUGUAUAAUAAUCCAUUCAUAUAUCAUAGGCGUAACGCGCGCGUGCUGCAAAGUAGUAAACAAACGUGACAAGAAAAACGCACUCAACAGAAAGCUUUAAACUGUUGGCAGAGUAACACUAAUAAAACGCUAAUAUAAGAGUUCUGCUGAACAUGACCACUGUUUUAUCAAUCUGCUAAAAAUUUAAGUACAGUAUUUCAUUUUAACAAUCACAUAUAUGUGUAUCACGCAACGUACAUUUGUGUCUAUUGUAACACAUGCUAUAGAUUUAUUAUUGUACUUUAUAACUGUAAUAUAUCUUUCUGACACUUUAAAAAAUUAUAAAGAAUGUAUAUAUAACAUAAAUACACUGCUUUUAUGAUAAGUACACAAUAUAUAAUAUUACAUAUAGGAAAGUAAAGUGAUUAGAAACCUCGUACAAGUGUUGCAGCUUCAUUUUGUUACAUAAAGCACAAUGCAGUGUUAUAUAUACCAAAGUUAUUAUAUAAAAAAAUAUGUAUAAUAUAUAAUUUAA